CUGUGGUUUCUGCCAACUUGAGGCUUUCCAAUGUAGAGCAGUUUUGUUUCCUUUGGGAGUGUGCUCACUGAUGCUGCGCUAGAGCUGACCUUCAUUUGCUGCAACCUAGAGCUCAGCUGCUCAACUAUCGCUGCUGUGUUUUCCAGCUCAUUGUAGAGGGGAUGACAUCAUGGAGUGACAUUGUUCAGAGGAUGCUGAAAGCCCCAGUGAAGCUCCAGAGACGCUGGCUGACAACACGGUGACACAGAGCAUCCCCAUGCACUACAGGAUGGGGAUGGUGGCCACCUGAUGAAGUGUGAGAACACUCCUGGGUUCCCCUGCACACCACAGUCCCCAAAGGGGUCUGUUUUGGCACAGCAGCGCGCAUGCACCAGUUUUAGCACAGCAGUACGCAUGCGCUGGUUUUGGCUCUACAGUACGCAUGCGCCAGCUUUGGCACAACAAUGCCCAUGCGUCAGUUCUAGCUCUACAACACACAUGCGUCAAUUUUAGCUCUACAACACGCAUGCACCAGUUUUAGAAAAGCUAUGCGCAUGCGCCAGUUUUAGCGUAGCAGUACGCAUGCGCCAGUGUUGGCUCUACAACACGCAUGCGCCAGUUUUAGCAGAGCGGUGCGCAUGCGCCAGUUUUCGCGGAGCAGUACGCAUGCGCCAGUGUUACCGCUACAGCACGCAUGCGCCAGUUUUAGCUGAGAAGUACGCAUGCACCAGUGUUAGCGCUACAACACGCAUGCGCCAGUUUUAGUAGAGCUGUGCGCAUGCGCCAGUUUUAGCUGAGAAGUACGCAUGCGCCAGUUUUAGCGCUUCAACACGCAUGCGCCAGUUUCAGCGGAGCAGUACGCAUGCGCCAGUGUUACCGCUACAGCACGCAUGCGCCAGUUUUAGCGGAGCAGUACGCAUGCGCGAGUUUUAGCGCUACAACACGCAUGCACCAGUUUUAAUUGAGCUGUGCGCAUGCGCUAGAUUUAGCGGAGCAGUACGCAUGCGCCAGUUUAAGCGCUUCAACACGCAUGCGCCAGUUUUAGUAGAGCUGUGCGCAUGCGCUGGAUUUAGCGGUGCAGUACGCAUGCGCCAGUUUUAGCGCUUCAACACGCAUGCGCCUGUUUCAGCGGAGCAGUACGCAUGCGCCAGUGUUAGCGCUACAGCACGCAUGCGCCAGUUUUAGCAGAGCAGUACGCAUGCGCCAGUUUUAGCACAGCUGUGCGCAUGCGCCAGUUUUAGCGACGCAGUACGCAUGCGCCAGUUUUAGCGCUACAACACGCAUGCGCCAGUUUCGGCUCUACAACACGCAUGCGCCAGUUUUAGCAGAGCAGUACGCAUGCGCCAGUUUCAGCUCGACAACACGCAUGCGCCAGUUUUAGCACUGCUGUGCGCAUGCGCCAGUUUUCGCGGAGCAGUACGCAUGCGCCAGUUUUAGCUCAACAACACGCAUGCGCUAAUUUUUAGCAGAGCAGUACGCAUGCGCCUGUUUCGGCUCUGCAGUACGCAUGCGCUGGUUUCGGCUCUGCAGUACGCAUGCGGCAGUUUGGCACAACAGUGCGCAUGCGUCAGUUUUCGCGGAGCAGUACGCAUGCGCCAGUUUUGGCUUUACAAUACGCAUGCGCCAGUUUUUAGCAUAACUACGCAUGCGCCAGUUCCGGCGCUACAACACGCAUGCGCCAGUUUUAGCAUUGCAUUACGCAUGCGCCAGUUUUAGCGGAGCAGCACGCAUGCACCAGUUUUGGUACUACAGUGCGCAUGCGCCAGUUCUAGCACCGCAUUGCGCAUGUGCCAGUUUUAGCUCUACAACACGCAUGCGCCACUUUUACCACAGCUGUGCGCAUGCGCCAGUUUUAGUACAGCUGUACGCAUGCGGCAGUUUUGGCACAACAGGGCGCAUGCGCCAGUUUCGAUAGACUAAUACGCAUGUGCCAGCUUUGGCGCCUACACUACGCAUGCUCUUUUAUCGAUAUUUCACUUGUUUUACGUUUAAAGGCCAUCAUGUAAAUACUUCAGUAUUUCGUUACAUAAACUCUGGUGCUCCGCGGGGCACCACCGAUCACUACAGAUCAGCGGGGGAAGGAGGAGAGUCUGAGGUGGCCAGCGCGCACAUUGCGCUCCAGGAGCUCCUCCGAUCUCUCUCCGCUCCCUAAAGCCGCCAACAGCGGUUCCGCCCCUCGUCACAGCGCGGUGCAGUUCCUCACUUUGGCCACGCGGUGGCAGUAGAGACCGCGGAAAGGGCUUCUCCAUUCUGGUUUCAAGUGACGAACACAAAGUUAAGCGGGGGGAUUGGGUAGAAAUGAAGAACAAAUGAAUAAGAAAAAGAAGAAGAAAAGAAGAAAAAAAAAGAAGAAAAAAAGAAAAAGAAGGAACAAUUCUCCAAACUCAAGAAACCUGUGUUAACUGCUUAUGAAUAUCUCAGGGCCAUUAGUGUCUGAAGGACAGUGGAGUGCUGCUGGUGGGCUGGUCUCAGUGUGCCUCCUCGUGUUCCUUGUCCCUGCAGUCCAUUCUGAUGCGUCUCCUGGUCCCAUGCUCCUUUCAAGUGACUCUUGGUCUUGGGAGGUCUCCCACUGGAGACUGACCUCAAAGUCACCUCAGGCAGGAUGGCUCCUGGGACAGACUUACAAGAGGAGGAGACCAUUUGUGCCAUCCCUAUGUGGUAACCCUUGAGGUUUUUUCGGUUCAGCCAUGGGCCAGAAAGAAUCCUUCCAGACCCAUAGCCUGAAUACCUCAGCCCAGCUCCCUGCAGAGGGCACCUCAGGGACCUCCCCAAAACCUCAGCACAGAACCUAUUGGCUGCUGUGGCCACCCAGUGCCACCAGCAAGGCGAGAGCUGCCUUGAGAAGUGAGCAGUCCCUUCAUCAUCCUGCUGCAUCUGUGAGGAGCUGCACUGCAGACACCAUGCAGCCCCAUGCCAUCCUCCUUCUGUUCUUCUUCCCUGGGACCUGGGCAGAGCCAGAGGGCUCCCACAUGCUCAAGCUUCUCCAUUUCGCCACCUUCCAAAACAGCACCUCCGUGCCUGUGGGAGGACUGGGACUCUUGGGGGACGUGGAAAUAGGGUCUCUGGACAGCCGCACUGGGAACAUCCACUACUACCGGCCCUGGCUGCGCCCAUCCCUGCCGAAAGGUGACUGGGAUGUCAUCGAGAGCUCCAUCAAGUCAUACGUGAGAGAUUUCAGCAGGCUGGUGCAGAUGUACACCACAGUGCCCUACCCUUUUGUCUUCCAGUCCUCCAUAGGCUGUGAGCUCCAGUCCAAUGGGACCAUCAGGACCUUCUUAGACAUUGCUUACGAGGGCCAGAAUUUCCUCCGUUUCUGCCUGGACAAAGGCACUUGGGAUCAGAUGCAACAUAACCAGUUGGCAGCCAUAGCUGAGCACCUGAUGAUGAACGCCAGCACUCUCAAUGAGGUGAUCCAAGUGCUCCUCAACAACACCUGUGUGGACAUUCUGAGAAUUUUCAUCCAGGCUGGGAAAGCAGAUCUGGAGAGACAAGUGCCACCCAUCGCUGUGGUCUUCGCCCGCACGGCCGGCCCAGCGCAGCUCCUGCUGGUUUGCCGUGUCACCAGCUUCUACCCACGGCCCAUCACCGUCACCUGGCUGCAGGACGGCAGAGAGGUGCCCCCGAGCCCGGCGCUGAGCACCGGCGCUGUGUUACCCAACGCCGACCUCACCUACCAGCUCCGCAGCACCCUGCUGGUGUCCCCCCGGGACGGGCACAGCUACACCUGCCGCGUGCAGCACUGCAGCCUGGGUGACAGCAGCCUCCUCGUCCCCUGGGAGCACUCCAAGCAGGGGCUGAGCGCGGGGCUCGGGGCGGUCCUGCUGCUGGCUGCGGCCGCCGUCGCCGCAGGGUUGGUGUGGAGAUACAGGAAGCGGCAGCGCUUGGACGAGGAGCGCAGCAUCCCUCUGGAGGAGCACCGGAGCGCAGCGCAGGAUGGGGCAGCCGCGGGACACUACGGGGGCUGCGGCCGCGGAACGCCCGGUGAGGGGAGGGGGCACAGUUGAGUGCUUUUCAGCGCUGCACCUCGUGAAGGCGCCCCAGUGCUCGCGGCAGCUCCCCCAGCCCUGAUAAAGGUACCCACCUGCCCACGAGCAGCGAGCUGCGCCCUCCCAUUGGCACCUUCUACAUUUUAUUGCCCACCCACCGCCUUUAUUAACCCUAUUCCGGAGAUAUUUGUGCCUAAUUCCCCCUCCAGCGACGCCCACCAGCGGCGCUGGAAGCGCUGAGCAGCACUGAGCUCUACUGUGCUCCGAGAGGAAAGCGACGCUCAAACACUGCCUUGCUCACCGUGCAGAUGUGGGUGUGAGUGGGAUUUGGGUGAAAACAGGCAGGUUUGAGGCAAACGGAGCGUGGAAUAAAUGAAUAAUUAGACCUAUAGGUUGUACAGCUUGUGUGGAAAUCCCAGCCCACAAGUACUUCCUCUGUGAGCAUAACCGUGCUGUGGGGCGAGGUGCUCCCAGAUGAUGGGAGCAGCACCCCAAUCUCAGCCCUGGGAGGAACCCAUCCGCGCUCCUGAACAAUUCCGGCUCCGAAAGCAGUGGAUCCCAGCAGUGCCUCUGCGCACCUCUGGGCGGAACGGGGCUGGGAAGGGGCAUGCAGAGGGAAGGGGCUCGAGGGAAA